AAAAGCGAUCAAUAAGGAUCAGUGUUCCUGCUGAGGGCAGGCGUGUGCAGGCAAAUGUUUCAGGAGGAACAUACAUGCAACUUUGACCUCAUGUGUUGCGUCAGAUGUUAGCAGAUUUAAAGGAAAAGGAUUCCUCUGGAGGAUUAUCUGACAAGAGAGCAGUUUUAGCAGGAGUGCCAUUUGCCCUACCUUGAUACAAUAAGUCUGAAAUGGAGUGUCAAUGUGAGAAGGACAACCCUGAGGAUGCUGCUGCAGGAUGGUGGAACAUGCAGACUGGAGCUUUCACUGUGGUCGGAUAUCUCCUCUACAGAUUCUCUCAGACGCUGCCGGCUCUGAUCAGGUGGCCGAUUCGUCUCUUCUGCUCUCUAACGGGUCUGUCAACUCUGUGGAGCUGGGUGAGCCAUCUAGUGGGAACCCUUCGUGGAAUCCAGGGCCUGUGUAAAUGGCUGUCUCGAAUUUGGAGUUUCAUAGGAUCGUCGUCCUCCAGGUUCAAGUGGCUGAUUGCUGUCAUCUUAGGGUCAGAGAUGGAGCCCACCAGCAGCGCCUUUAAACCAGAGCUGCGGCUGAUCGUUCUGGGGUCGACAUGGGAAGGACGAAGCUCUCUUGCAGACGCUUUGUUGGGCAAAAGUAAGAAACGUGCACACAAGGGCCCGCUGAUGGAGAGCACCAGGAGAUCCACGGUGAUAGAGGGUAGAGAGGUCGUAGUGGUGGAGACCCCGGAUGUUUUAGGGACGUCUUUGAGACCAGAGAAGAGAGCCCUGGAAGCUCUGAGGAGCCUCCAGUUGUGCAGCCCGGGACCUCACGCCUUCCUACUAGUGGGCCAAGCUUCAAGCUCCAAAUCUGGGGUCGACCAUGAUAUACUUCAAGCCAUCCUAACCACCGUGAAUACGUUUGGAGCAGAGACAGCAGGCUUCAUCAUCCCAGUGCUCACCCACGCAGACAACCUGGAUGCAUUGCCUGCACCAGAUUUAAAUGUUACGGCUGUGAGAAACUUUCUGAGGCUCCUGAUGUCGGAAAACGCGACCCCAGAGGAGCAGAAGGAGAUACGCAGGCAGGUGGUGGAGCUUGUGAUGGAGGUGAAGUCUCAGAAAGGAGAUCAUUUCAUCCACGAGCUGCAGAACAGGGAGGAGAGCAUCAGGGAGGAGCUGCUCAGUAACAUGGCCUCUGCACUGGCUGAGAAGCUGCCUCAUGUGUAUUAAAACAG